AUGCAGUGUCUGUGUGCGCUCCUCUCUCUCACCUACCUGGCCGUAGGUUUCUCUGCCGCCCGGUCGCACAGCGCCACUAACGGCUCGUCUCUGCACGAGCUGCUCCAGGUGGAGGGCGGACAGAACGGCUCGGGCCUGUACGCCCUGGACGAAGGCGCGCUGGCGGACUGGCGCUCUCUGGCGGGCAGGAAGCGUGAGGGCGCAGAGCGGCAGCACGCGGCGGUGAGGGCGCUUCUGAUCUUCAGCUACUCCGUCAUUAUCGUGGUGUCGCUGUUCGGGAACGUGCUGGUGUGCCACGUGGUGAUGAAGAACAAGCGCGUGCGCUCGGCCACCAGCCUCUUCAUCGCCAACCUGGCAGUGGCGGAUAUCUUCAUCACCCUGCUGAACACCCCGUUUACGCUGGUGAUCCUGUACCCCCUGAAGCCGAGGAUGUGCACCAGUCAGGGCGCCGUGUGUAUCGUCUUCAUAUGGUUGAUGGCGAGCUGCUUCUCUCUACCACACGCCAUCUUUCAGAACCUCCUCACCUUCGUCUACAGUAAGGACAUCGUUCGCUCUCUUUGCGUGCCGGAUUUUCCCGACCCGUCGGAGCUGUACCGUCAGUACCUGGACCUUGCCAGCUUCGUGCUGCUGUACGUGCUGCCGCUCCUCAUGAUCACGGCGGCGUACUCGGCCGUGGCCCGUCGUCUGUGGCGGCGCAACGCCAUCGGCGACGUGACGAGCGAGCAGUACUUCCUGCAGCGGCGUAAGAGGAAGCGCACCAUCAAGAUGCUGGUGCUGGUGGUGCUGGUGUUCGCCGUGUGCUGGUUCCCCCUAAACUGCUAUGUGGUUCUGCUGUCCAGCCACGCCAUCCACUCCAACAACGGCAUCUACUUCAGCUUCCACUGGCUCGCCAUGAGCUCCACCUGCUACAACCCCUUCAUCUACUGCUGGCUCAACCAGAGCUUCAGGGCCGAGCUCACCUACCUACUGAGCAUGUGCAGGAACGGGCGCCCCGGGGGGCGGGGCGGCGACAGCCGGGGGCAGGAGACUGCCCGAAUGCCUCCGCAGCUGAGCGGCGACCACAGGGCGGCAUGGCCGGAGAGCCACGCCUCCUCGCGGCCUUCCGACCACAAGGAAAGCCACGCCCUCAGGACCACGUCUCUCGGCCAAUCAGGGAAGACCGAUAUCCUGUCGGUAGAGCCGAUCGUAAACGUCAGCUGAUCUGUUGAUUUACAGUUUUCUACACAGAUGCUUCAUUAAUUUAUACACUAUUUUCAUAUCAAAGCAUUUCUAACAGAUGUGUGUGUUUAUAAAACAUUUUAUUAAGCUUAUAAAUUCACACCAUGACGUAACAUUUGCAUAUUUUGAGGAGUAAAAUGCCAAAACAGAACCUAACAGAACGCCCAGCAUUGUGUUUGACGUGAUGAUGAUUUUUGUCUUGUGUUUGUUACUUUAAAAAG